CUGAUGGUGUGCCCGCCCCUUGCAUUCCUGCAAUCAAGGUACAGAACCAUGACUGGCUUGCCGCGAGGUGCUGGUGCAUUGUCGCACGGGGAGGGAGGGGCGUCGAGUCUUGAGAGGGUGACAAUAGAAACUCGGAUCUUCAAUUCCAAUGCUUUGAGGAGGCGCGAGUGGCCGCACUCCCUAUGAUCGCCCUCACUCCUAGUUGGAAGGCCCUGGCAAGAUGCCAGUUAUAAAUCUUGACUUCAUCUCUCCUCCCUGUAGAAAACCAGGCAAGUAUUCGGAUUCAGUUUUACAGUCGUCGUUCGGAGGUCUUUCUCUCUUUCUUCUUUCCUUUCCAAUUCAUUGUUUGUCAACCUUGGCUAUAGAUCACCUCGUCUAGUACGCCUGUCCACUCUUUAACUUUCAAACCCCCAAUAUUUUUUUGAUCUUGGCAAAUCGCAAUGGCCCGCUUCAGCCUCUCCGUCCUUGUGCUCUGCCUUUUCAUGGCUUUGAUGGCGUCCGCCAUGCCUGUCAAGCGCGACGAUGUCGCCAAUGAAAGCGACUACGCUAUGCAGGGGAUCGAGUCCGCCACCAAGAUGAUGGAGGAGAUGAUUGAGAAAUACAAGGAAACCCAGGAGGCGAACGACAAGUCCAACGAUGCCUCUUCCGCAACCGCCGACAAGACUGAGAACCAGAACGCUCCGAUGGAGGAUGCGAACACGAGUCCUUCUUCCACUACUCCCACUGAGGCGACUCCUGCUGCCAGCGCUGCCGCCCAGUCUCCCAAGCCUAGCAAGACUCACAUCGUGAACGACAACCCUUUUGCGAAAUUACCCCUUGUCGGCGGUCUGCUGAGCGGCGGUGGUCUCCCCGGUCUGUGAUGCCCCGAGGGUGCUCGCCCCUGUGCCGGCAUAGGCAACUGCCGGGAAACCCAAGCUUUGGUGUUAAAGUCUUUGUUGUUACGGUGCUAUGUAUGAGGCAUGAUAAUUGUGAAUUUUCCCACUUUGGUUUUGGGUUUGCUUGGUGGAGCUCGUUUAGUCGCGCGAGUUGGUAUCCAUAAAAUACUCGAUAGGAUAGUUAGUCCGCAAAAAGAAAUAAGAAUUCAGUGCUAUGAGACGAA